GAUCCGCACCCUUUGCCGCUUCCGCAGCAUGGCCUCGCUGCUGCCGCAGAUGCCGCCGCGCCGCCGCUUCGCCAGCCCGGCACCGCCCGCCGAGCCGCAGCGCUACGCCGCACAGCACGCCGCCGCCGCCGAGCACGAGGAGCAGAUGCGUGCCGCGCACGGCCACUACGACGACGGCGACGAGGAGGCCGACGAGGAGGGCGAAGAGGAAGAGGGAGAGUACGGCGAGGACGACGAGAUGCACCUGGCGCCCGAGGGCGAUGAGGCAGAGGACGAGGAGGCAGAGGAGCAGGACGACGAGGAGGAGGGCGAGGAGACGGAGCAGGAGGCCGAGUUCGCCGAGCCGGCAGAGAGCUCCGAGGCGCCGGCCAAGCGCGAGGCCAAGGUGAGAGCCAUGGCGCCAUGUGUGCAGGCGCUGCGGCAGCGGCAGCGUGGCUGAUGCGCUCAACGCUGCCGCAGGAGAUCGCGCGCAUUCAGCAGGAGAUCGCGAUCAUGAACGAGAGCAUCGAGGGCCUGGCCGAGUACGAGGUGGUGGACAAGCUGGGCGAGGGUACCUUCUCGUCCGUCUACAAGGCCAUCGACCUGAACCACUACGCCUACGACAACCACCCCUGGGCCGGCGGCGACGACGCCAUGCUGCCCGUGGACGUGCCGAGGAAGAAGGUCUACGUGGCGCUGAAGCGCAUCUACGUGACGAGCAGCCCGCAGCGCAUUCUCAACGAGCUCGAGCUGAUGGAGGAGCUGCGCGACUGCGCCAACAUCGCCUAUCUCAUCACCGCCUUCCGCACGGAGGACCAGAUCGUGGCCGUCAUGCCGUACAGCCGCCACCGCGACUUCCGCGAGUUCUACCGCACCUUCCCGCUGCAGGACAUGCGCUGCUACUUCCGCUGCCUCUUCCGCGCGCUUGAGGGCUGCCACUCCUACGGCAUCAUGCACCGCGACGUCAAGCCGGCCAACUUCCUCUACGACCCCGCGUCGGGCGAGGGCGUGCUGUGCGACUUUGGUCUGGCCGAGCGCUUCGAGCCACGCGACUGGCGCGGCAAGUGCCACCACAUGCUACCGACGCUCGACUACCCGCACGGCAAGGUGCAGGUCAACCGCACCGUGCCCUCAUCCCACUUCAACCCCGGCGGCGCCCUCGCCAAGCAGGGCCCGCCGCGCAGUGCCGGCGUCAACUCGAUGACUUCGUCGCGCGGCAUCAUGGCGCCGCCCGAGCGCAUCGGCUACCUCAAGGACGACACGCGCCCCGGCGUCCGUGCGAACCGCGCCGGCACGCGUGGCUUCCGCGCGCCCGAGGUGCUCCUCAAAUGCGUCGACCAGACGACGUCGCUCGACAUGUGGUCGGCCGGCAUCAUCCUGCUGGCCUUUCUGACGAAGCGCUUCCCGCUCUUCAACUCCAACGACGACACCGAGGCGCUGCUCGAGCUCAUGAUGAUCUUCGGCAAGAAGAAGAUGACGCAGUGCGCGCUGCUGCACAACCGCACGCUGCAGUGCAACAUCCCCACGUCGAGCAUGCCUGCCGGCAGCGGCCUGCCGCCCAACGACGGCUACCGCAUCCCGGACUUCAUCACACGCCUCAACCCGGGCAUCUACGACGUGCCCGAGGGCCACCCCGACCCCAAGGCCUACAGCAAGGAGGUGACGGCCGUCAUCGACCUGGCGCGCGUGCUGCUGCACCCGGACUGCACGCGCCGCUGGACGGCGCGCCAGGCGCUCGAGCACCCGUUCCUCGCCGAACUGCCCAACGAGCACCUCGUCAUCGACACCUGAGUCGCGCCUCGCGGCGCAGGCGUCUCGGCAGGGCGCAACAUGCGCUCCAGCUUGCCUCUCGCGUCGGGCUUCGUCCGCCAUUCUGUCUCUUCACCAUCUGCGUCACCUGUCCUGCAUC